UCCGUUUCCUCUGUGUGAAAGACGCUCCGACCUCACGUCCUCACCGAGCAGCAGCAGCUCAGCUCAGCUCCGCGGCUCCAGCUCUCGUUCUCUGCGGAUUCCACAGCAGCAAUCAUGGUGUUCGAGAGGAAGAUGAUCACGUACGACGACCCCGACGAAGAGGAGGAAGAUCCACCUGCAGAGGAAGAGGAGGAGGAGGAGGAGGAAGAGGAGGAGGAGGAAGACAUGGUGGACCCUUUAGAAACGUUACGAACCAAGUGCGAGCAGACUGAGCACUGUGUGCAUCUCAAGGAGCGGCUGGAGGUCUGCGAAACGCGGGUCGGCUCCAAGUCCAGCACGACGGAGGAAUGCACAGAAGAGCUCUUUGACUUCCUCCAUGCACGGGACCAUUGUGUAGCACACAAGCUGUUCCACAUUGUGAAAUGACCGGCCUGCCCACUUCCCAACCAUUUGCAGAAACUAUUUAUCUGAUCAAAUUGUAAAAUCUCCUGUUUAUUAAUGUAAAAGAGUUUGCUUGGGUCCCUGCAAUAAAGACAUGUCACAUUUUCUAUACAGCUUUCAGAUUUCCAGACAGUGUCAUAAACUGUUAGUAAUUUAUGAAUCACUGCUUGUAUGGAUGAUGGACUCACUCGUGUUGAAUCAUCACCCAUAAUGUAGUUGCUUCAUAUGCAAAAGUAAAUUUGCUGCUCCGGUAAUGGAGUUUACCUCAUGUUUGGUCAUAAUUCAAAAUUCUGACUAGAAAAUAAAAAGGUGUUUGUUGGUU